AUAAAUCGAUGACAGGAUCGUCUCGUCGGCAACCGACUCAUCGCCUUCGACGAACUGAUCUCAGGUCGCGUAGCUGCAUCGGACGAAAUCCAGCGACAUGGCGAGCUACGUCGAGGAUACCGAGCUGCGCCUCGGUUUGCCGGGAUCCGAUGCGCCGGCGUCAAGGGGUAGCAAGCGAUCGCUGCCGGAGAAUAGCUCAGCGGGGGACGAAUCCUGCUGCCGGAAUGACGGAUCUGCCUCGGCGGCGAAGGCGCAAGUGGUUGGGUGGCCGCCGAUCGGAACGUACAGGAAGAAUAACUUCCAGGCGAUGAAAGAGGAGACGAUGAUGGUGGAGCCGGAGGCUUCUGGGUUGUAUGUGAAGGUUAGCAUGGAUGGGGCUCCUUAUUUGAGGAAGAUUGAUCUCAAGGUUUACAAAGGGUACCAAGAGCUCAAAGAGGCCUUGGACAGCAUGUUCAAGUGCUUUUCCCAAGGAGAAUUAUCAAGGAAAGAAGGGUGUAAUGGAUCUGAAUAUGCUAUUGCUUAUCAAGACAAAGAUGGAGAUUUGAUGUUGGUCGGAGAUGUUCCUUGGGAGAUGUUUACAUCUUCUUGCAAAAGGCUAAGGAUAAUGAAAGGAUCUGAAGCAAGAGGUUUAGAAUUCAGACAAUAAGGGAUCAACUACUCUACAUAGAUAAUAAGGAACCAAGUAUAUUUUCUUUAUGAAAAAAAAGGAGAAUUUUGCUUGGAUUUGCCCAAGUUCUGCCGAAAAGAAAGCUUGAAAGUGCAUCUGCCAAUUGGAGCAUCUUCUGAAAGCAAAAGCUGAUAAAUGAAGAUAUCAAAGAAAGAGAAACAAAAAAAAGAGUAGCGAGACAAGAUGCUACAGAGAUGCUUCAAGCUUGCAUCAAUGUCAGAGAUUUAUAUAUAGUGUUCUUCAGGACUUGUCUUCCAUGCAAUUGUACAAAAGUUGUUUGCCUGUUUGCUUGAUUCUGUAACAUGUCAAAGUUGAAUUUUGUGGCUAAAGAUUUGUAUCUUCCUGCUAUGUUGUAUAAGAAAAGAAAAGAUCAGGUUUUGGGGAUAUAUCUCUUGUCAUUUUAACUUUUCAAUAUAAUUAUUUUGUUCCUUGUGA